GUAAUAUAACAUAUUACGUCAUUACAAUCACGAGGUUGGUCUCGUUUCCGCGUAGAAGAGAAAACAAACCAAAUCAACAAAAUGGCUACUGCUGGAAGUAUUUUGUGCCUGAAUUUCAACGAGGAUAAAGGUUGCUUUUGCUGUGGCUUUGAAUAUGGCUUCAGAGUGUAUAAUGUGGAACCAUUGUCAGAGCUUCACAGAGAAGAUAUCCAGGACUGUGGUGGCAUAGGCCGGAUACAGAUGCUACAAAGAACAAAUCUGUUUGCUAUUGUUGGAAGUGGGAAACACAUGAAAUAUCCAAAGAACAAAGUUUUUGUCUGGGAUGCAUCACUCCGAAAAGCUGUGUUGGAGCUUGCUUUUGGAACACCAGUUUUGAAUGUUCUGUUGCGCAAAGACAUGAUCUUUGUCAUCCUAAAGAAUAAUAUCUAUGCUUAUUCAUUUCCAAAUGAACUUGAAAAGUUUUUUGUGAUUGACACAAAAGACAAUAUAAAAGGCCUUUGCAAACUAGCAGAAAGUACGGAAAAUAACGUCAUUGCUUUUCCUGGAAGGAAAUGUGGCAGUGUUGAAAUUCUGGAUAUCAAUUUGAUGAGACAGUCAGGAUCAUCUGCAAGUCCAGCUACCAUUAAUGCACAUCAGAGCGAACUUGCGUGCAUUGCUUUGAACCAGAUUGGAUCGAAAAUUGCCACAGCAUCGGAAAAGGGUACACUUAUUCGAGUUUUUGACACAAAAACAAAACGUCAGCUACUCGAAGUGCGAAGGGGAGCAGAUCCAGCUUCACUCUACUGUAUAAAUUUCAGUUCGGACUCAUCUUACUUAUGCGCAUCUAGUGACAAAGGGACCAUUCACAUUUUUGCCUUGAAGGACCCAAACUUAAACAAACGUUCCAAGCUAGCCACAGUUGGUUUGUUUGGCCAGUAUGCCGAAUCUCAGUGGGGAUUGGCAAGUUUUUCUGUCCCUGCGGAGCUGCCUUGUAUCUGCGCCUUUGCAUCUUCAAAUUCAGUUGUUGCUGUUUGCAUCGAUGGCUCUUUUCACAAGUACGUUUUCACGAAAGAUGGAAAUUGCAAUCGCACAGCUUUUGAUAUUUUCACUGAACUUUGUGACGAAGAACUGCUGUAGCCUUUAUCGUACGUCUUCCCAGAAUACGUCAUGCGUACCUCAGACGCUCGUUGCUGAAGCCAGUUCGUAGCAUCUUUAUAGCCCAGGCAAUUUUAAAACCUAUAAUAUAGAAAAAGAAAUACUUCCGAUAAUUCUUGAACUGAAUACUCACUAAAUAAAGUACAGUAAGGCCCCGAUUUUUCACACCUUAGCCUAAAGUGUUUCUUAUAUCUAUGGUACCUUUUCACUUUCUUUUAGGUUUUUUCCUGAAUGCGGCUUUACUGUAUUAUAUCUUAACAAGAUUUGCAAAGGUAGCUCUUAUAAUGAUGGAACUAUGAAUAUAGAAUUCAGAGAAUAUCUCAAAAUUUAGGUCAGAAAUGUCUGUAACCCUUAUUCCAAAUCAUACAAGCACAUAAAAAUUAUCCAGUUAUCUGUAAUAAGGAUUCGUCCGUUGAAAAAUGACCCAUGUUUUGUGAUGCAUUUUGAGAUGUUCCUGCUUUCUAAAUAAUUUAAUUGCAUGUUAUCGAAAUUCGGAAUUUUACAUUAGAUUGUUCAUCAUUAAAUAAUUUGAGGUAAAACUGAGACGUAGUAUGAAAUAUUUCUGGUAUGUUCGAAAGUAAUAUAGCAGCACUUUGUUUGUAAAUAUUGUAAGAUAGAAAAAUUAAAUUGCUUGUUCCAUGAAAUUUAAUGUUUAGGAUUUUUUUGCAGCUUGUAUUAUUAGUUUGAAGUUCAGUUUAGUUCUGUUUUUAUUCUAAGUUCAAUUGUAUAUCUCGACCUGUUACAAGUACAUAUAUACACAUGUACUUGUAACAGGUCGAGAUAUACAAUACCUGUAAACUACCAAAGUAUAAGACAUAAUUAAGGAUAGUGUGAUCUUAUAAUUACUUUAUGAAAUCAAUGCAAUAAAUAACACAGAAUUAAUUUUUUUUCUCUUCCUAGGGGCGCAAUGGGAGCUAAUUUUUUUAAGGGGGGUGUAUUAAACCUCAAGUUCUCCGAAAAGCCCGACAAAUUAGAAACACAUUGACUAACUUCUCUGCGCUUAACUCUCCCAGCCACUGCCUGUUCCGGGAACGCUGCCUUUAUUCUCUGCUAAUGUUGAGCAUUCACAUUGCAAUGUUUCAAAAUUUUAACAAUGUCAAUCUUGGUUAUAAUAUACCUCUUUUUGUACAUUCUCAUUCAAAAAUGAAGUCUGCAAUCGUUGCCUAAACUCCUUGAUACUGGAUUAAAAACUUUGAAAAAACGGGGACAGAUCAAUUUCUCCCUUCGCCCUUCAUCAAUGUUGCUAAAUAUCCCAUCAUUCUAUUUUAGCCAAUACUAUCACUCCAACAUUGAUAUAGGGGGGGAGGGGUGUGAGGCAGUCAUGAGUUCUGGCCAGAAUUGUGGGUUUUUUCCUAGAUUUUUAGACUGCAUUUUUUUGUUGGGAGGAGGUUUUAGUAUAACAUAAUUAAUAUGCUCUGGGUUAUAUUGCACUUUGUACUACUUUCUUGGUUCUUGGUAACACUCUUCAUAGAAAGGGUGCUAUACCCAUGGGUAGCCCUAUUCGUUUCUUUAUAUUUUCUCAUUUUAUAAAUACAUCCUGAAUUACGAAUUGUAGACUGCAUUAAUCAAGCCGUAGAAUCGCGAGAGUGUGUUUCAUCCUUUGGUGUGUAAGCGAUAUUGUUUUGAGUUAUCGUACGCACAUAAAUCAGAAUGCAAUAUAAUACGAUGCAUAAGAACACUAUACGAUACUGUGCUAAAAAGGCAAAGUCCGAGAUCAUGCUCGUUGAUCAUAUCUAGGGAAAGUAUUUUUGGACCUUUUUCCCGUCAUAUUUAAAAUUGGCGAUAAAAAAGAAGCGAAAAGGAAUGUAAACUGGAAAGAAAAAAAUUUGCAUCGGAAGAGAGGGAGAACGCAAACUAAAAAAACAAGAAAGCGAAAAGAAACCUAUAACAGCCUGAAAUUCAACAGAAUUGAAGAAUCUGGUUAAACCUUGGCUCCGUGAAAUAAAUUGCAAUCCUUGACAUUGCUUCAUGUUAGUGUUUUAUUUAGUGUUUUUCAACUAUUGUUUUAACUAGAACUGAAUAAAUCAUAUGUAUAUACAAAGAAAGAACACGAAGAAAAAGCAUCGAUCAAAGUAGGUAUAAAGGAAAAGGAGAAGGAUUGAACGGUAAGAUAAUGUGAGAAAAGGUUGUAGUGAGGCUGAGAUAAUUAUCAAUGAAAAGGCGAGUAUAGGAUUUAACAGGCGGGUGAGAAUUUAAAGAACGAGAAAUUCUUAAAACAAAUGGCUAAAAAGAUGGAGGGCUGCAAAGAACACGAAAGGGAAAUGGUAGAAGCGGCAUAUGAAUUGAAAGUACGGUAAAGGGAGAGAAUGGUAGAAACAAAGCGAAUAUUACAAGAGAGAUAAAAAGAAUAAACAGGGAAAUGUUGAUAUAAAUGAGAAAAAUUAAAAGAGCCUUUGUUUAUUUCAACGCUUGAUCAUAUCGUUUGUUCUAGCCAAUAGUCUUAAACAUUUAGCAAUAGCCAUUGUGUAAGGGAGAAUUUUCCACCAUCUAGUAUGUUCAAAAAAGACCUUGAAACAAAUGCAACAAUUCCCUGUAUUCAGUAUAGACUUUUUGCAAAUUCUUUAAUGCCCUUGCAUCCUGCGCGCAAUGUUCCAGGCUUGAAUGAAAUAAAGUAGAAAAAGAGUUUCAAUGUUUAGAAUUUGACGUUGCCAAUGCAUCAGUCCGCGAUAAUUGUUUAUCUUGAAGCCUGGGUAUCUUUGCAAUUUUCUUUAGAGAGAUAAUUUUCGAAGAAAGCAAACAUGAUAUCAGUUGCCACAUACCUCUUGAGCACUGAAACUUGGAAA